AGGACGUCGACAGUCUCAGCAGAUGCUACGUGAAAAGAAGUGUCUUGUCUUUGUUUCUGCUAGUACUUGCGACACAACCUGUAGUCACGCGUAUAAUUUUUGUACGACAGCAACGCUCUCGUCGCUUUAGUUGGUGCCCUAACUCUGCAUACGCACGACCGUACGUUGUUUUGCUCUUGAUUCGGAUUGUUAUUUGCGCGACGUCGAACUACACGGGUACCUACUUACUACUAAAAAAAAACACAAAAAAAUGGCUCGCCGCAAGAGCAAGACCGCUUCCGGCCUGGAGUCCAUGGACCGGUCCCACCCGGAGCACCACGAAACCAAGCGGCAGAACAAGGAAAAGCAGUAUUGGAAACAAAAAGUGCAGAAGGACCAGAAGCAGCUGAAGAGAAAGCAGAAGAACCAGGAAACUUUGGUAUUCGAUGUAAAAACGCGAAACGCGUUCAUCACCGGGUUUCGGAAGCGGAAGCAGGAGCGACAGCGCGUGGCCAAGCAGGAGAAUGAGGAUAAACUCCAGGAAUCGAAACGGGAAAUGCGACGGGAAAAUCGGGAACGGAUUACGGAAGAGUACGAGCAAAUGAGGGAGGCAGUGAAGAAAACAUUGGAGACGUUGAAUAAAGACGAGGGGGAUGAGACUACAUGCAAAGGAGAUAAAGAACACGGAACUACAGGUGGUGCAAAAGAGCACGGCAAAGACGACGAGAAUUGCGCAGCAGUUGUAUCGCAUGACAAAGACGAAGAAAAUUCCGAAAUCCAACCCCUCGACCAGUCCCAGAAGCCCCCAACAAUCGAUGUUUUCAGUGCGGAGAUUGAAGAUUCGGACUCCGAUGACUGUCUGUUCCCCAACGCAACAGUGACCACCACUUUCGGGCUGCCGGACUGUCCGACGGCGUUGGGCGGUGGGAGUGUACCGGGAGUGACGCUGGGUGGCAGAAGUUCCAGUUGCAGCGCAGCGGGAGGUAGGGAUGCAACACCAAGGGAAGAUCACAACAGCAAACUUUCUGAACAAACUACAAAUAAUUUGGACGGCUCGACAGCAAGUACAGCUCGAGCUGCUGCUUCCGGAACAGGUGGGGACAAGAAGAAAACGUUAGAAGAAAAGGUAAAAAAGAGUGCGAAGAAAGUGAAGAGAACGUCGAAGCCGACGCGAAAAUCAGCGGGGAUGGCGAGAAAGAGCAAAGCGAAAAAGAAACAAGCGGCGAAGAAAAAUAAAGGCGGGAAAAAGAAGGGUGGCGGGGGUGGGGGAAAGAAAGGCGGGAAGAAGAAGUGAGGGAUUGGGAUAAGGAUAUCAACAACGAUGAUGAUUUUUUCUUCGUUCAUCUUCUAGCUGGCUCGUGUCAGCACGUUGUACAUGUACUAUCUUUCAGUGCAUUACUAGCAACGAUUUCUAACUGGUGCCUCUUGUCCCGUCACUGCAUUCGUAUUUGCUAUUGAGCAUCAGAAAAUUAGGCAGUGGUUUUAUUCAACACACGCGCGCCUACUACUGUCGCUGCGGAGAUGAACAACUCUACAAGACGAAGUGUUCUUCUUCCAUGCCAAUUCGCCUUCUUGUUGCACCAUUCUUUGCUCAAAUCUUUAUCGGUCGGUUUCAAGGUUGAGAAUGUGACCACCCAGCCGCAACAAGAAUGCUUUCACGUCUUGACAUUGGAGCCUCGGUCUAGUUCGACUGUGCUAGGCCUCAGGUUUGUUCAGAAGUUAUCAAAAA